AUGUAUAGCUUUACUUUACUCUUAGUAUUUUCGUCAAUUUUGACUGAGUGCAUUUGUUUAACACCACAGUGUAGAAAUGAAAGGGGUGAACCAGUUGAUUGGUUUUAUGUGUACAAACUGCCCCGAGAAAAAAACCAUUUAAAUCCAUUAGUGCGUAGAGGUGUAGCAUACAUGUACCUCACACCUUCAAAGCUAAGGGGAGGAUGGAUUAUGUCAGAUUUGGCUAUUAGUGAUCCUCGCUCUAUGAUUGGAAAAACAUUAACACCAUUGUACCAAGAUAGAAAUAUAAUUUCUUUAGUUUACAAUGAUCAGCCCCCUGCCACGGAACAUCAACCAGACAUCUUGCAGUCUGUUGCUGAGAUGUACUCUAAGAGCAAAAGAGGUCAAAUGAAUCAGGCCGGUGUGAAAAAGUUCAAGAAAUUCAAACUUGGCGAUAAAUACUAUGACGAUUACGAUUUAGCAGAGAUGUGUAAGAUGCAUUCAAAAUUCAUGAAGUCGCGAGUGGAGAGUGGUCACACGAAGGGGGUGAUCUUAGGGGACAAGUUCACUGCACUAUGGUUGGUCCACUCAGUACCCAGAUUCCCUCCGCUUCCAGACAUGCACGGUCUGAACGUGUCGUCAUACAACUACCCGACCACCGGUACCAAGUACGGCCAGUCGUUCCUCUGCGUCUCCGUGCAGACGUCGACCCUCAACCAGAUCGCGACCCAGCUGAAGUACAACGAGCCCAUGAUCGUGUACUACCACAUGCCGCAGGACUUCGACAACGAGCUGCCAAACCUGGUGGACGUUGUGCAUAACAAAACGAUCGACGCGUCGCCUUGGUAUCACAUAGAGAGUUUCGAGACCUUGGUGGGCCGUAAGUUCCUGUCGUUCGCCAAGAGCGCCAUGUUCAACGACGACCUGUACAGCGGCUUGGUGGCCGAGGUGCUGCAGUCUGACCUCUUGGUGGAGUCCUGGACCAACGGACCGGGCACCCUGGACUCGGAGUGCACGAGAAAUUUCCAGGUCCGCAACAUCGAGCGCUUGAAGUUUCCCAUCGCGAAGAUGUCCUUCACUUCGCACAACGACCACUCCAAGUGGGCGGUGGCGGUCGCGCACAAAAUGCACAACAGCCAGGACACGAAGGUGGCCGAUUACUGGGUGUGCGUCGGCGACAUCAACAGAGCGCUGCCGCAAGAGUCGAGGGGGGGUGGGACUGUUUGCACGUCUGGACCCAUCCUGUGGGGUAACUUUGCGCAUCUCAUCGAGUCCGUGCAGACAUUUGCCGGAUGGAACUAUUUGAAUCUUCACUGUCGAGACAAUGAUAAUAGACCUGUUGAAUGGUGGUAUAUAUACAAGCCGCCUAGUGCAGUAGUGCCGUUCUUGGAGUUGGGUAGAAAUUUCACCUAUAUAACGUCCAGCGAAACAGGACGAUGGCGGCCUUCGGACAGAUACAUAACAUCAAACUCAAUGUUGCAGCACACGCUAUCGCCUAUAUACAGGCCAACGUACGUGGACUACUUAGCUCUAAUUGUAUACGAGAGUCGCAGGAAUUCCGAAGCUCUAGGAGUGCUGAUGGCGGAUGAAAGAGGCGGUGUCUGGAUCGGCCACACCAUUCCCGGAUUAAUAAACGUCAACGGUGAUCGUCAUGUAUUCCCAGACGAGGAGAAGAGUAACGGACAUUUGAUAAUGUGCUUAUCAAUCGACUUACUAGCAGUGAAUGAGAUUGCGACUGCCAUCAAGACCGUUGCCCCAAAAAUUACCCAUUUUAAAAUACCGAAAAAAAUUAUUGACCUGUUGCCCAUGUGGGACUUCUUAGAACCGAAACGGAAAGAACAAAAGGAAACAAAAACGAAAAGACUUCAGAUUUUAACCAGCGAGGAGUCAAUGCGCGUGGAGAUUUUGGCGCGGCCUCCUAAGAGUCGGCAAUCUUUGUACACGAAUUUUGCAGCGUCUAAGCACAUUAUUCUCGACGUAUACAGUCAGACGAGUGCUGAACGUCUCUCGAGCGACUGCAACAGAAAUUAUGGCGUACGUGACAUCGAUCAGAUAUCGUUGAAGAUGCCAGAAUCGGUCCAUUACGUCGGGAACGGAUCAGACAAAACCACAUUCGCUGUGAGCACCGCAGCCCCAUGGCAAGAGGCUGGCUCGUCGCCGCCGCAGUACUGGACUUGCACAAGCAACUUAGACAAUCAUGAAAAGUUAAGGAAGGGAGGGCUGAUAGCUUGCGUGGACGACUAUAGUAUCUGGUUGGCAUUUGACAAUUUGAAAAUAAAGGAACCUGUGUGU